CUGUCCAUUGCUCAAUCCCCAGGAGCCCAGUUCCUGUGAGCAGCGCCUGAUGCGCCUGAUCCUCUCCUUUCUGCAAUUGAGGGGAAAAACGAGAUCUUGCACAAAGCACCGUGUGUCAGCCCUCCACCAGAGAAGGGUGGCAUGGAGCCUCUCCGGCUGCUUGUCCUGCUCUGUGUCUCAGAACUGUCCCGAGCCCACAAUACCACGGUGUUCCAGGGCGUGGAGGGACAGUCCCUGCAGGUCUCCUGCCCCUACGACUCCACCAAGCACUGGGGAAGGAGCAAGGCCUGGUGCCGCCAGCUGGGUGAGACGGGCCCGUGCCAACGGGUGGUCAGCACCCACCGCUCGUGGCUGCUGUCCUUCCUGAAGAGGCGGAAUGGGAGCACGGUCAUCGUGGAUGAUGCCCUGGGCGGCACACUCACCGUCACGCUGCGGAAGCUUCAAGGCCACGAUGCUGGCCUCUACCAGUGCCAGAGUCUACACGGCAGCAAGGCCGACACCCUCAGGAAGGUCCUGGUGGAGGUGCUGGCUGACCCCCUUGAUCCCCAGGACCCUGGAGAUCUCUGGGCCUCCAAGGAGUCUGAGAACUCGGAGGAGACCCAAGUGGAGCACAGCAUCUCCAGGGCUGAGAGGCACCCGAGAAUAGAGGACCCAGAGGAGCAGAGAGGCCUAGGAGAAGUCAAGCCAGGGACUGCACCAGGCUACAUGCUCACCUCCUGGCCACCAAGACGCCUGAUCUGGCAAGAGGCCACUCUGCCUGCACCCCGCUUCCCCUGGACCCUGGGAGCAGGGGCUUGCGUGUGGUGGGAGGUGGGAAGAGUGUCUGUCAACUUCUGGGCAUUGGACAUUAAACACUCUCACAAAUAAAUCCAAGACUUUCACGCUUAA